AUGUUAGUUGAGGAAAUCAUCUCACAAGAUUUAGGGUUUAAAUUAGAUACACCUGAACAUGAAAUUCCACUAUUUGACACUCCGAUUGAUUUAUCAGCCCAUGGUAGUCAAGAUUUAAACCUUCUUGCUGUGAAUAAUGACUUAAGAUUAUUGGCAGUAUCUAAUAUAUCACAAUUGAAGUUAGUAUCAUUAGAUAAGCUUGACAAAUCAACAUCCAUAGGUGAUGCACUUUCAAUUACACAAGUUCAUUUUAAUAGCUCCAGAUUACUUGUGGUUAACACACUGAGAAUUCAAACAUUGUCAGUAUCAUCCUACCAAAUUGGUGAUGUUGCCCAUCUUGAAUAUUACCCUCAUUUAAACAAGGAUAUUAAAAGUAUAUUGCCGUCGCCUUAUACUGAUUCAUUUUUGAGUUUGACUGUUGACAACGAAUUAUACUUGUGUGACGAUAAAUCAAGUACUUUAAUUGCAUCCAAUGUCUCCAGUUAUUGUUGGAAACAAGAUGGAUCAUACAUAUAUGCAUUAAACAAUGAUACCACUACCUUAGCUGGUAAAUCAAUUGAAUUUGAUGACCCACCACUGGAAGACUCACACAUUGUAAGCAUGUUCCCAUUCAACCAAUAUCUUUUAGUUACUUACGACAUCACCCUGGAUGAUUUUGAACAUGAUAUAAAGUCAUAUGUUUUUGAAGAUAAACCGGACUAUUACAUUCCUAUGGAUGUUGAUACUGCUCCCCCCUUUGGAAUGGUGGAAAGAACUGCCACAUAUUAUACGUCCACCAUUAAUGAAUGGGUUGAAUCAUACCUGUAUUCUUUCAUUACUUCGUCCUUAGCUACCGAAUUAAGCAUAUUGAGUUUAUCAGGGCAUACCUUGGAACUAAUUGGAUACUCAGAAGAUAUUUAUCGUGCCCAGUUUCCCAUGAAUGAAGAAACCGAUGACGAUUGUUCACCAGUAGGGAUUGGUAUUUCCUUGGAAUUGUCUAAAGAAGUGGCUGAGCCAUGCCCAGGAGUUGAUUCGGUUACUGGCAAGUUGCCUAAGGUGUACAUUCUUUUGGAUACCGGAAAGCUAAUAUCCUAUUGGGUAUUUCAUAAACAUGGUUUGAUAAAUGACGAGGUGUCAUUACAAAGAGUAAUUGAUUAUGAAAAGAAAUUGAAAAGUAAUGCGAAGCCAGUUGCGAGUGCGCCAUCUAUAAAACCAGUUUCUAAUGAACCAUCUAAAGGUAAUGAAGCCACUACUGUUCAACCGGAAAAUCCUUUCGGUUCUGCUGAAAACCCAUUCGGGUCAUCGGGUGCAAACCCAUUUGGAUCUUCCUCUGCCAAUGCAUUUAAACCUUCCACCACUUCACCAGCAACUGGAUUUGGUGGGUUUGGUCAAAAAUCCGAUAAUUUUGGAAGUACUGGUUUUGGCCAAGCUAAACCAGAGGGUUUCGGGGCUGCUGCUACCAGUGGUGCUUUUGGAGGCAGUAACUUUGGCAAGAGUUUAACUGGUGGGGCAUUUGGAAAUCAAACAAAGACUAGUGACACCGCAUCACCAUUUGGAAAUCAAACUACCACCAUUCCUGGAAAACAGAAUACUACGAACCCUUUAUCUGGACCCACCACAUUUGGAUCCACUAGUUUUGGUCAACCAAGUUCAUUCACAACUCAUGGAUUUGAUAAUAUGACUAAAACUCCUCAAGCAGCAAAGAAUACCGCCCAUUCUAACUUUGCUAAGUUUUCUUCUUCUGCAGCAUCAUUUGGAUCAGGUAAGACAGAUAUCUUUUCUCAAUCAACAGAUUCUCCAUUUGGUAAGCUAAAUGAGAAACCGGCAAGCUCUCCAUUUGGUAAGCUAAAUGAGCAAGCGGGAAACUCUCCAUUUGGUAAGCUAAAUGAGCAACUGACAAACUCUCCAUUUGGUAAGCUAAAUGAGCAACCGGCAAACUCUCCAUUUGCCAAAUUAACAAAGGAAGAGGGGCCUAGUGAUAUAUUUGCUCAAAAGGAUGCACCUAAAGAGGAUGCCAAGAAGUCUGCUUUUGGCAAUUUCUCGGGAUCGAAGAGCAUUUUUGAACAACCAAGUCAAGAAGAUAAACCUAUAGAAUCAAAACCAAAGAGUGUCUUUAAUCCAGUUUCAUUUGCUCCAGAGACAAAGAAGGAUCAACCAACAUUCGAGAGCUCAGAAAAACUUUCCAGUCCAGGGUUCUCUAAUUUUGGUAAAUUAUCAUUAGCCAGUGAAGAAGUUAAAUCAUUAGCAUCACCAUUUGCUAAAUUAACACAGAAUGCCCCAGUGGAAACACAAAGUGAGGAUGUUAGUGAUUUUUCAGAGGAAACCGAAGAAGAGGAAGAAAUAUCCGAAGAAGGCGAAUCAGAAGAAUUAUCCGAAGAAGGUGAAUCAGAAGAAAUUGGACAAUCAAUUGAUUUGAUUUCUCAAAUGAAAUUAAAGUCCGAAUCAGUAAUUGAAUUACCCAAGAAACAACCAACAAUCCCUUCAAAAUCAAAACUUGCAUUGUCCAAUGAUGUAUUAUCAACUAGCGAAGAAGAAGCCGAGACGCCCGAAGAAAUCAACGCUCCAGUUGAACCAAUCGAGUUCCUUGUGUUUGAUGGAUUGACUCGUCCUACUCCAAAACAGGGAAAUGUCAUUGGUGAUGAAAUUUCACGAUUAGUCAAUAUUACUCAAGGCAAUUUAUCAGUGUUGAAAGCCAAUAUUCAAUUGCUUGGACAAUUCAUACAAGAUCACGACUCUCCAACUAGUGCUGAUUUGUCUGAUGUUCAACGAAUUUCUCAAAGAGAUUUGUUGACUCCAACAAUUGAAAAAUUAGUCGAUCCAUUACAUGUAUUAAAGCUGGAUUUAUCCAAGCAAUUGGGCCAAGUUGAUGAAUUAUCUACCCAAGUUCAAAAAUGUUUGUAUGAGAAAGUUAAACUUGAUAAACUUUACAGUAGAUUGGCAUUAUUGGAUACUGACAAUACCAAGAGCCACGCACUCAAGCAUCGACCAUUGGAUAUUCAAAACGAGUUGAUGCAAAUGAAUUUACGGGAGAAGUUAGCCCAUGUGAAAACAUUGGAAUCGAAAUUAUACUCAUUGAUCAUGCCAAUCAAGGCUGUGAAUUCAUUAAACAGUGAAACGUUGAACAAUAUUGAACAAGUUGUAUUCCAAAUCAAUUCUCAAAUUCAAAACCAACGCGAAUCAAUUGAUAAAUUAGAGGAAGAGAUUAAGAAGUUGGAAGUUGAUGAUAAUAAAGUUGAAUUGCCUCAAUUGACUUCAUCUCCGAGAUUGAAAUUAGUACAAAGAUUAAGACGCACCCAACCUUCUAGUACUGCAGUUAAGUUUAUGAAUCAGUAG